AUGUUAAUCUUUCAUGGCAGUGACUCAAAUGACAACGGCCUUCGUCCUUGCUGCAUUCUUCCUCUUGAUUGCCAGCUCACAAGCUUCUACAGUUUCGAGUACGAAAACAUUAACCAGCACCCUUUUGUAGUAAACAAGUGGGUUUCGACUUUUCUUACCUUUUCAUUUACAGAAGUUGAUAAGCCUCUCCAGUUCACAUAUUCCGGGCCCAAAGGCCCGAACCAGUGGGCCAGCCUGAGCCCGAGCUUCUCUCUCUGUGCAACUGGAAAAUCUCAGUCGCCAGUCGAUAUUAUUACCCGUGGAGCUGUACAGAGUAAGACGUUGAAGCCUCUGGUCAGGGAGUACAAUGCAGUGAAUGUUACUUUGGUCAACAAUAAAUUCACUGUUGCGAUUGAGUACCCUGAACAUACAGGAGAGAUAAUUGUAGACGACAAACACUAUUCAUUGAAGCAAAUGCACUGGCAUUCUCCUUCUGAGCAUAGAAUCAAUGGAAAAAGAUUCGCUGCGGAGCUUCACAUGGUGCACAUUUCUGAGGACGGUAAUGUGUCGGUUGUGGCGACCCUGUUCAAUUAUGGAAAACCCGAUCCACUUCUUGGACAGAUAAACAACAAAAUGAAUGAUCUGGUUUACGAGGCUAAAAAUUGGGAGGCAAGUCCAAUCACAAUCGAGGGGUUUCAUCCCGUGGAAUUAAGGAAAACUUCUAGAAAGUACUACAGAUACAUAGGGUCAGCAAGUGUUCCUCCUUGCUCGGAGAAUCUCAUGUAUCUUGUACUUGGAAAGGCGAGGUCAAUAUCGAAGGAACAAGUGGAGGCACUGAAGGCUCCUCUAGACAUGAGGUGCAAGUACAAUGCCAGGCCAUGUCAGCCAAUCAAUGGAAGACAGGUGGAGGUAUAUGAUGGUUAGUGUGUAUCGAGUACAAGUAUGUCUCGUAGUAGAAGUUUUCAGUUACCAACUGGUUUAAUACAUGAAUAUAUGUGGUUGAUUAUGUAUUUAGUUACAAAUAUGUAUUUUAGAUUUAUAUGCAUGUGAAUGUUUGCAUAUCAAAUUUGCUCUGGUAAAUGUAUAAAUAUUUGGAUAUUGUGUAAUAUUUGGAUCUUGUAUUUACCAACUUAUGGUUGUAUUUGGUAAAUUAAAGGGUUGUAUUUAAC